ACCUUCUUCCCCCCAGCGCAUUAUUUCUCUUUCUCCUGGUCGAUUCCUAGUCUUCGCCCGGAGUCUUUAACCACCCCCACGUUCCACUCUUCUUACGGAUUGCUCUGCUUAUCCGUCUCUAUUCCCCUUUCCCGACCGUCCCGUCAUUUGUUUAUCCGACCGUCACCAUGGGUCAGCACUCCGCUAUUUGGCAAGGAUAUGUCGAUUCCAGCUUGAUGGGAUCUGGUCAAUUUGACAAGGCCGGUAUUCUGAGCCACGACCUCUCCGGCGUUGAGGCUGGCUCUCCCGGCUUCUCGGCCUCCCCUCAAGAGCUCCAGGGCCUUGCCGCUGCCUUUAAGGACCCCAACUCUGCCUUUGGCACCGGUAUCACUAUUGGCGGAGAGAAGUUCGUCACCAUCAGGGCUGAUGACCGCAGUCUGUACGGCAAGAAGGGUAAGGAGGGUAUCGUCGUCGUCAAGGCCGUCUCCUGCGUCAUGGUCGCCCACCACGCUGAGAACGCCCAGACCACGAAUGCCGCUACCGUGGUCGAGAACCUCGUUGACUACAUCAACAACCCCCGGUGAAUGGGUUUAAAAGCAGAAUGAAAUUGUGUUUUGUCUCGCCUUGAGCAAGGGACAGUCGGUAAUACUGGUUAUUUAAAUGUAAAUCAUCAUGGUGGUC